CAAAUAACUGAUGCUCACAAGAAAAUUAAACAAGACAGGUCUUAUCCAUGUUCAGGAGGCCUCAAUGACCGGGACUCUCAAGGAAGCUACGAGGCGCCCUUCAAAACCCUAAUUUUAGACAUGCUCUAUUGUGUCACGUUGGGUUCUGUAGAGACCCUGCACAGUGCGAGAAUCGCACACUGGGCCUUCUUUUCUCUGUUGCGGCGUGUAUUUUUCGAGCUUCCAGCUAAUAUUCUGCAAUAUCGUGGGGAAAAGAAGGAAGGCAGUGUUUCACAAGGGCGUGGAGAAACAUCGCUCCAUUGGCGAUCUCUUGAUCACACGGGAGCCUCGGAGGCCCCAUCUGUUCCUUUUUUGACGAAACUUUCUCGGAGCUCUCAAAAUUGGGUCCGCUUAACUGGAUCCCUUCCACCUAAUCUCUAAUUAUGGCUAUCUCGUUGCGACAGAAUCAAUUUUUAUUCAAGUGAACCUGGAGACCACUUUUGGGGUAAAUUGAAAACAAUGUACUUCGUGGGGAAUGGGAUUACAAAGGGCGCCCUGGAUCUUGGCAUAAUUUGCUAUGUCAAGCCUCCUCGGCGGCUAAAAUUGGUGCCGAUCUUAAUUGCCCUGGCGGUGUGCUCUUUCAGUCUCCAUCGUUGUGUUGUGCGGAUUGGAAAAAAAGUUAUUCGAAGAAGUGGACUGUGGACAUGUCGAGGACAGAGAAAUAGAGGGAAGAAGGAGCGAGGGAGGGAGGAGACCUGCCUCUUACUCUUCCCUCUUCCAGGAAGCACACACGCACACACAUACACCGGCAAGCACUCCAUUGAGGCCUGGCCUUGCAAUUAUGGGUAGGCAGCGAGGGCUGGGCUUCAGCAUUAUGUGCAGUAUUUCUUUUUCUUCUGUUCUCGUUUCUGUUCUUCCUCGUCAUCAUUAUCAGAGGGUUCAGCUUGUGAUGCCCCAUAUUCUUGUGAUGACCGUAUGCAAGUUGAAUCGAACACAAUUA